UUACACAUAAAUCCUCAUUAUUGUUUUUAAUAUUCCCUCAAUUUGAACAACUCCAUAUCAAAAUGAAUAAAUACAAUAAAUGUCACUCGCUGUCACUGUCUGCGGUGCGCACAGGAGAGUGCAGCGCCACUGUCGCCCCCUGCAGUCCCACGCCGGUACGACACCUGGCUGUGAAAACAUCCAACCUCCCUGCAGCUGCUGCGGCGGCGUGUGCCCCCGACUCUCCGCCGUCCAGUGUGGCCGGACACCGAGAGAGCUCGGUGCCUGCGGGAUGGAUGAACGGGCCCUGAGCGAAGCAGCGCGCCGCGUCCCCCAGAUGGCGGAGUGAGCGAGGAUGCGCGUCCCCAGUUCCAUCUUUGUGUCGGUGUCCCUGUUCACGGCCGAGACCACGGCGGCUCUCUACCUGAGCUCCACGUACCGCUCCGCCGGAGACCAGAUCUGGCAGGCGCUCACGCUCCUCUUCACGCUCGUACCGUCCGUGCUCGUCCAGCUUACCCUCACCUUCAUCCACCGGGACCUGAGCAGGGACCGACCGCUCAUCCUGCUGCUGCACAUCCUGCAGCUCGGACCCAUAGUCAGGUGUCUGGAGGCGUUCUGUAUCUAUGGCAGCGUGGGCCGAGUAGAGGAGCCGUAUGUCAGCAUCACCAGGAAGAAGCAGAUGCCCCGCGGGGGUCAGUCUGAGGAGGUGGAGCGGCAGGUGGGGCAGGCGGAGGGGAAACUGUUUACGCACCGAGCAGCCUUCGCCCGCACCUCGGUCAUCCAGGCCUUCCUGGGAUCGGCCCCCCAGCUCACCCUGCAGCUCUACAUCUGCGUCCUGCAGCAGGGGGUGUCCAUCGGUAGAGUGCACGUGAUAAAAUCUAUUCAUCCUCAUCCAAAGUUAGUCUGAUGAUAAUAUGAGGCUGCAGCUCAUCCAC